AUGGCUACAUUACGACCGGCUACCGAUGCGCUAAUGUUAUCACUAGUAGAUGCUGCGUAUGAAUUAGUUGAACGAGUAACUCAAGAGACCGGACCUACUUAUGAAAUUGGAAAAACGUUAACAUUACUGCAAGCACCCAACCGUUGGUCAGAGGAUUUCGAUGUUUAUUCUGGUGUAUGUCGUUGUACUAUGUUCAUCUUGGGUACGGGUGAAACAGCACAUGCUCUGCAUGAUUCAGCCUAUGACUUUCCCGAUGCACUUAUUGAGCAUGGAAUAGAAAUGUUCUGGACAUUAUUGCAUAAGCAAUUGCUGUUUGACGAUUGA